AUGAUUUGCAUUGAAUGUGGAAGACCAGUAAAUGAUGUAUAUAAAGAAUUUGGUAAAGCGGGUAGUGGAAAUAUUAGAUUAACUAGAUGUGCUAGUUGUAAUCAAACAGCAGAUAAAUAUGUUGAAUAUGAUUUCAUCAUUGUAUUUUUAGAUUUAUUCCUUCACAAAGCUCAAGCAUACAGACAUUUACUUUUUAACAGACAACCAUAUAGAGACUUUGGUAUACCAAUUCAAUAUAUUAAAGUAUUAGUUGUAUAUAUAUUUUUCGAAUCAUAUAUUAAAUGGUUAAGAUUUAAAGAAUAUGAGCAACAUCCAUCAGGACCAGCAUUUUAUUAUAUUGAUUGGCAAGAUGAUGUACCAUAUGAUAGAUAUUGGUUUAUAUUCGUAACGGCGAUAGCAGAGUUUGCGGUUUAUAUAUUAUCAAUUAUACUUUCAGUUAGGUUCAUUUAUGAAUCAAGAUAUCCAAUUAUAAAAUAUAAUUAUUUAAUAAUGGCUAUUAUUCUUUCAAGUUUUGGUAAAGGUUUUUUAGUUUUAAUGAUGAUUUGGGAUUACCCUUUUAGUUUUGGUUCAAUUUUAAAUAUUUUUGUUUUAUCUUCAAAUGUUGUAGCUAUAAAAGUGUUUUUAGAUACUACGACAUUUAAGGCAAUUUUUUUUGUGGUUUUUGGAUUUUUAGGGAAAUUAUUAUUUCAAUCGAUCAUAUAUUUAUUCGAUGCUUCAAUGUUGCUUCACUUAAGUUUUUAA